AUGGAGAGCUUCCACACCAGAUUCAGUGCCUGGACACCUUUUUGUAACAAGUCAUUAAACAGACAGCUCUUUCAGGAAAGAGUUGUUCUUAUAAGUCACUGGUUUGACCUUUGGACCAACAAGCAGCGUCAAGAAUUCUUAUUCACAAUUUUCUUACGAUGCAAUAAAUCCCAAAUAAGGUUUUUGCAAAGCUGGUUUUCAGAAAGGAAGGUCGUGGCCAAAGUGGACUUCUCUACAGUGUUACCACGCUACAUUUCUCUCUAUAUCUUUUCCUUUCUGAAUCCGAAAGAUUUGUGUGCAGCUGCCCAAGUCAGUUGGCCCUGGAAGUUUUUUACCGAGCAGGAUUGCUUAUGGAUGCCCAAAUGCAUCAAGUUAGGAUGGUUUCUACCCUACACACCAACAGAGAAGGAGUAUGGUGCAUGGAAGCAUCAUUACAUUGCUUGUGUGUCCAGCUUAGACUGGCUGACACCUCGGGAAGCUGCUGCUAUUUAUGGGACUUUGAAUGAACCCAAAACAGGAGUUGAAGAGCUACAGGAGAGACAAAGAGAAAAGUGCCUAAGGAAAGUAAUUUGGGGGAAAAUUGCCCUGCGUAAGAAGAAGUUAUUCCAAGUCCAGCCCCCUUGGGUGAGUGGAUCAUGCUGCUCCAGAUUGCUAAACUCCAAAUGCCAACCGCGUCUCUCCCAGACAAUGUGGAAUCCAGAGGUGUUGCAUGAAGCUUUGGAGAAAAGGCUCAUUCUUGCAUCCUUAGAAGCACUGCCCAAGGGAAGCAAUGUCUCUGGGAGUGAUUCCUACCCAUUGUUAAAGAAAAGCUGGCGUGGACUUUCCCAGGGUGAUGUCAGUGCUUCACACACAGUCCUUCCACAUUUCAUAGUCAUUUCAUCUCGGAUUCCUGCCUAUGAGAUGGUGGUGGGCAGUGUAAAGACAGGGAUCAUUUCUCUGGUAUAUGAUCACAGUGGCAUAAACUUGGAGAGCCUGCUUUACCUCAUAGACAAAGCUCUGGAUGGGAAGAAAGUAAAGAGUAUGGGAAUAUUUAGUGAAGGAAACAGCAGAGAAGUCAAUUUACUCCAAGGCUAUAAGAUUGGUAUUACCAAUCUAUUACGGCCCGAAGUGAGAGAUUUCUGGGAGAAACUUGGGAGCUAUGUGGUCCCUGAAGAAGAAGGGGGUCAUGUGGACCUCUUUGUGCCACUUGGAGCAUCAGAGUCAGGGGUUGAAGUCCUUUCGCAGCUGUCUCAACUAACUGGCACGUUUUUUACUGCUCCCAUUGGGAUUGCAACAGGCUCUUUCCAGCACAUCCUCAGUGACUGGCUAGGACCACCACAGGAGGGGGUGCCCACCGCCAUCUACUUCAAUGAGGAGAAGCUGCAGGCCUGGUGUAGCCUCACUGAGGGCCUGGAAGACGCCCUGAAGGCAGCCAGGAAGCAGCUGGGUCCUCACUUCAGAGAACUUCAGAACAACAUCAGCGGCAGGAUCAUGGGGCAGUUUGUGUUUGAUGCCAUGAGCCUGGGCAGCAUCCUCAACAACCAAGAAACAGCCUGCAUUCUGGUAGAAGGAUUGAUGGAACUUUCAAAAGAAAAUUCUGAAAGACAUGGUCAAAAAGACAAUCCUCAAGGCACAAGUCUCAGCAAAAAUGAUCAAAAUUUUGAGGAGCUGGUUAUGCUGGAGAAAAGGCUUCAGAUGGACACAGCCGUCAGGCGAACCGGAGUGGUCAGGGAGCUUAUCGAGAGUGAGAGGAGAUAUGUGCAGGUGCUGGAUGCGGUGAGAACCGUGUAUGUGGUGCCCCUGAGAGCAGCGCUGGCAUCCAACAGAGCCAUCCUCAGUGCUGCCAACAUCCAGAUCAUUUUCUCUGACAUCCUGAAGAUAUUAAGUCUCAACAGGCAGUUCUUAGAUAACCUAAGACAUAGACUGCAGGCCUGGGACCCAGCUCACUGCCUGGGGGAAAUAAUCCUGAAGUUUGGGAGGCAGCUGAACACAUACACCAAUUUCUUCAACAAUUACCCUGUUGUUCUGAAAACAAUUGAGAAGUGUAGAGAAAUGAUGCCUGCAUUCCGUGCUUUCCUGAAGAGGCAUGAUAAGACCAUUGCUACCAAAAUGCUGAGCCUGCCAGAGAUGCUUUUGUCUCCUUCCCGGAGAUUUGAUGAAUACAUUCAUCUUCUCUAUGCUUUACGGCUUCAUACUCCAGCAGAACACACUGACCGAGGUGAUCUGACUACUGCAAUUGAGCAAAUCAAAAAAUAUAAAGGUUAUAUCGAUCAGAUGAAACAAAUUGCCAGUAUGAAGGAUCAGCUGUCAGAGAUACAGAGGACCAUCUGGGGAUGCCCUACUCUACCUAAAGAAAAUAGGUAUCUAAUUCGGGUCCAAGAUGUAGCCCAGCAUCACUGCUGUCAUGAUGAAGCAUGUUUUUCUUUAAGGCUCUAUGAACACAUCCAUGAUCUCAGCCUUUUCCUUUUCAACGAUACACUGCUUAUUUCCAGUCGGGGCAUAUCUCACACUCCAUUUGAAAGAACUUCAAAGUCAACCUACAAGUUCAUUGCAUCGAUCGCCCUUCAUAGAUUACUCGUAGAAGAUAUUCCAGAUUCCAAAUAUAUCAAGAAUGCCUUUGUUCUUCAAGGUCCAAAAUGUGAAUGGAUUUGUGCUACAGAGCUUGAAGAUGAAAAAUUCCUAUGGUUGUCAGUACUCAAAAAUGCAAUCAGAAGUAAUAUAGAGAAGUGAGAUUGGACUCAGACAUCAAGGUGCCAACUUUCCCUGGCAAA